GAAGAGAGCAACUCCUAGCAGCAUCAACAUCUAUUGGUCGUUUAUUUGCCCUGCAGCAAUUCACCUGCCUUUCCUUCUCCCAUUCUUUUUCUGGACAUGCUGCAGAAGGAUCCGUGCCAGAAAGAAGCCUGUGAAAUACAGAAAUGUUUACAAGCCAACAACUACAGGGAAUUUAAGUGUCAGGCUGUUAUCCAAGAACUUCGUAAGUGUUGUGCUCGCUAUCCCAAGGGAAGAUCUGUCGUCUGUUCAGGAUUUGAAAAAGAAGAGGUAGAAAAGCUGACACUAAAGUCCACAUCAAAGUAAAGUUCUGCGGAGAAGUUAAAUGCUGCACUACGUUUCCACCAAGCAAGAUUCAUUUAUCCUCCUGACUCUUCAGGCCAGGUAGCAGCAAAUAUCAAAUGAAAAGUCAACUAUAAAAGUUAAUAAAUAUGCCAUCUAUGCAGAACAAAUAGAAAUAUAUUAACCAAAUGUGUAGAAUGUAA